ACUCACCGUGUCGGAAGCCGAGCAGGGAGCGACGAGAGUGCAGGGAAGUAGGGGAGAGGGGGUGGCCGCCAGGCUCCUCCGCUUCCCUUGGUCCACAGUGGAUCCCUCCCGCCUGUCAGGAGACGUCCAGCGGCACAAGGACUAUGCUGAAAGGAAUAACAAGGCUUAUCUCCAGGGUCCAUAAGCUGGAUCCUGGACGGUUUUUGUACACGGAGACCCAGGCACCCCAAAGCAUUGCUGCUUUCCUAGAUAAUCAGGUUCCAGUUGAGAGUCUCAGAGCUAUUUCUCGCACCAGUGAGAGUGACCCGGCCAAGCAUGGGGAACAGCACGAAGGUCAGCACUACAACAUCCCCCUCCAGGAUCUGAAAACUGUAUUUCCCCAUGGCCUGCCUCCUCGCUUUACAAUGCAGGUGAAGACAUUUGGGGAAGCAUGCCUGAUGGUGAGGAAGCCAGCCCUCGAGCUUCUGCAUUGCCUAAAAAAUACCAAUCUUGCUUAUCCAGCUGUCCGAUAUCUCCUCUGUGCUUUAGAUGGAGAGAAGGGGACAGGAAAAACCCUUAGUCUUUGCCAUGUUAUUCAUUUCUGUGCAAAACAGGAUUGGCUGAUUCUGCAUAUUCCCGAUGCUCAUCUCUGGGUGAAAAAUUGCCAGGAUCUUCUGCAGUCCACCUACAACAAAGAGCGUUUUGAUCAACCUUUAGAGGCUUCCACCUGGCUUAAGAAUUUCAAAACUGCAAAUGAACACUUCCUGGGCCAGAUAAAAGUUCAAGAGAAGUAUGUCUGGAAUAAGAGAGACAGCACUGAGAAAGGCAGUCCUCUGGGAGAAGUAGUUGAACAGGGCAUAACACGGGUGAGAAAUGCCACAGAUGCAGUUGGGAUUGUGCUGAAAGAGCUAAAGAGGCAGAGUUCAUUGGGUAUUUUUCGCCUCCUGGUAGCUGUGGAUGGAAUCAAUGCUCUGUGGGGUAGGACCACUCUGAAAAGGGAAGAUAAAAGCCUGAUUGCCCCAGAGGAGCUGGCACUUAUUCACAACCUGAGGAAAAUGGUGAAAAAUGACUGGCAUGGAGGCGCCAUUGUGUUGACUUUGAGCCAAACUGGAUCUCUCUUUAAGACCAGGAGGGCCUAUCUGCCCCAAGAAUUACUGGGAAAGGAAGGUUUUGAUGCCCUGGAUCCCUUUAUUCCCAUCCUGGUUUCUAACUAUAACCCAAAGGAAUUUGAAAGUUGUAUUCAGUAUUACUUGGAGAACAAGUGGCUUCAACAUGAAAAAGCUCAUACAGAAGAAGGGAAGAAGGAGCUGCUAUUCCUAAGUAAUGCAAACCCCUGGCAACUGGAGCAGCUGUGUGCAUAUCUCUAAGCCACAUUUGCAAUGUACAGGGAAGAAUUGGACAUUUUCUUUAAGCUGGACUCAAUCACAUGGAACCACCACAAAGGAAGAGCAACCAGGCCUCUACUUAUCAGCCUGGACAAUACUACAGUUGUCCCUAGACCUUCACUGAAAUGAGUUCCUGGUGAAAUGACUGAGAACAUGUGGCAAUAAGAUGUCUUCUUGUUCCUGAAACACAUACUGGUUUACUGGAUGUGGUUUUCACAUUUAAGAUAUCAUGGAUCUUUUCCUUUAAAAAAACGUAUUUCUUAAAAUGUCUUGUUAGAUUUCUAUUAUGAAGAGUAUAAUAAAACCUUUGGCCUUCA